AUGGACUUUGGAGGAACUUGUACUAGGGGACCUGGAUUGGGUAAAUUUUCCUGUCAGUGCAAGGCACAAGUUACCGUGCUUCCAUUCAUCGACAACAGAUGUAAUGUUAUUGAGUUAUAUAUCAAAGUUAUAAAAAACAAUCAGUGCCAUUAACCAUCGUUCGUACAAGUAAAUCCAUAUGGAAAACGGGAAUCUAGGUAAGGAGCAGAAGUACAAAAGACUGGCCAUGGAUUCGUUCCCUCAAGCACGAAUUUCUCUUUUUUCUUUUCUUUCACACACGCAUAGCACGUAUGCAGGCACAUUUCUUUGUUUACUGUCUGCUUAACAUUAGCUCUUUUUCCCUGGAGGAUAAGGGAAGAAAACCCUUAAUUUUCGGAUGACAGCAUGCCGUUAUUCACAGUGCUUAGUGUACGUAUAUGGGUUAGUUCAACAUUAGACGUUAUGGUCGCUUUAUAUUUUGGUAAAGAAGUGUUAAUUGUGUUUGAAACAUAAAGGAGCUUCUACUGACUAACGACUUUGUGUAAAUUAUUAGGGCCUUUCCAAAAAAUAGGUCCUCCUUAUUAUACGUGACGGUUACCUGAAAUUGUCAUGAUUUGACUAACAAACCUGAAGCGACAGUGCACAUAUCUUACCCCUUCUUAGUGCUUCGUUUUUCGGACAUAAAUGCACGGAAAGUAAAAGUAAAAGUCUAAAAAUGGAUUUGCUCACACUCGGAUUCGAACUCAGAUUCUCGGUGGCACAGAAAUCCGCGCGUGCACUAACCGACUGUGUCAAUCCUUUCUCCUAAGAUGACGUAGUUUGACAAUGGUAAUUUCGAUGAUAAUAGACACACUGUAAAUGCCGAAAUGCCAAACGAUUUUGUGAUCUUCUUGGAGCGACCGCAGCCUCUUACGAUAUGCUUUAUAGCGCCUGGAAGGCGGCCCUUCAAAAAUGUGCGUAAGUAACUCGUUAGUAUUUUUUUGUCUCCAUUUUUUUGUAUUUGUUGUGUACAAACUUCUCAUGAGUGAUUUAUAUGAUGAUCACACUGAUGCUGUGGUUGGUUUGUUGCUUGGUUGGAACAAGAAAAGAAACCUUAAAAAACCUAUCUUAUAUUACAAACUUUGCUUUAAAACUUUUUGGGGGGGAAGCAAGAUAUAAAGCCCCCUUUUUAGGACAUGAAGCUAGCGAGAAGUGAUAUACCAUCCUCUGAAGAAGGAUCAUACCAUGCCUUUCCAUCUCCGCGCGCUUAGACCACACUCUCUCCCAGCAUGCACUACCAAGCCUUGAACACAUACACUUACCUAUUUCAGGUAUGGUUGGCUGGCAGAUGGCACUGUUCGCUAUCCAAUGCACGUACUGAAAUCAAAUUGCGGAAACAAGACAGGCAUAGUUGGAAGUUCAACUCCGAGAAAUAAAACCAAAAUGUUUGACGUAUGGUGUUAUAAAGAAACUUAA